AUGUUUGCAUCUCGAUCUCAAGCUGUCCGCCGCACCAUGGCGCGCCACGCGUCUCGCACCUUCUCGUCCACCGAGACGGCGGCUUCCGAGCGCCUCAUCAUCUUUGACACAACGCUCCGCGACGGUGAGCAGUCGCCCGGCGCGACGCUCAACUUUCAAGAAAAGAUGCACAUCGCCAAGGGCCUUCACGCCAUGGGCGUCGACGUCUGCGAGGCCGGCUUUCCCAUUGCGUCGCCCGGCGAUUUCGACGCGGUGAAGGACAUCCAGCGCUGCUACGACGCCGUGCGCCAUGCGCCCAAGCACCGCAUCCAUCUCUUCCUCGCGACCUCCGACAUCCACCUCAAGUACAAGCUCAAGAUCUCGCGCGACGAGUGCAUUCGGCGCGCGGUCGAGGCCGUCUCGUUCGCGGCCUCGUUGACGUCCGACGUCGAGUUUUCGCCCGAAGACGCCGGGCGCUCGGACCCGGACUUUCUCUGCGACGUGCUCGCCGAGGAGUACGGCAACCUCUUCUCGUACUUGAUCAAGAACACGCGCGGCAGUGAAAAGGCCAUCUUCUCGACGCACUGCCACAACGACCUCGGUCUCGCGACUGCGAAUGCGCUCGCGGGUGUCGUCGGCGGCGCGCGCCAGGCCGAGGUGACCAUGAACGGCAUUGGCGAGCGCGCGGGCAACACGUCGCUCGAGGAGCUCGUGAUGACGCUCAAGACGCGCCCGCACCUCUUUCCCGUCCACACGCGCAUCGACUCGACGCACAUCAUGCGCUGCAGCCGCAUGGUGAGCCACUACACCGGUAUCGCGAUCCAGCCCAACAAGGCGAUUGUCGGUGCCAACGCCUUUGCGCACGAGUCGGGCAUUCACCAAGACGGUGUGCUCAAGCACCAAGCGACGUACGAGAUCAUGCUGCCCGAGUCGGUCGGUUUGACGGAAAACCGCAUGGUCCUCGGCAAGCACAGCGGCCGCCACGCGUACAGCAAGCGCCUCGAGGAGCUCGGCUACACGGACUUGACGCAAGCGCAGCUCGAUAUGUUUGUGGAAAAGUUCAAGGUCCUCGCCGAUGACAAGAAGACGGUGACGGACGCGGACAUGGAGGCCAUCGUCUCGGACGACCUCUUCAAGCCCGAGACGUUCUGGACGCUCCAGGCGGUGCACGUGACGGCCGGCAACCGCGUCAAGCCGACCGCGACGAUCACGCUCAACUACAAGGAUGGCACGGAAGUGAGCGAGGCGGCGAUGGGGUCGGGUCCAAUUGACGCGAUUUACUCUGCGAUUUCGCGCGCGACCGGGUGCGAGAACCUUUCGCUGCACGAGUACACGGUCGAGAGCAUCACGGACGGCAUCAAGGCGCUCGGCGACGUGACGAUCCGCAUCUCGGAGAACGAAAGCAACAAGUCGGCGCUCAUGAACCCGCAGACCGAAGUGAGCCGCAGCCGCCAAUAUGUGGGCCACGGCGCCAACAGCGACAUCCUCGUGGCGUCGGCGACGGCCUACGUCAACGCAGUGAACCGCCUCUUGGCCGCCAAGGAGCGCGACGAGGCGGCCGCCCGGCGCGAGAGCCGCGCGGCAGCAUAA